AUGGCGGUCAGAGGCAGGUCAAAUGCGGUCAGCUGCGGUCGAAAUAUUAUGGAACCUCAACUUCGUGAAUGUUAUCUAUUCAGCGACCUUUCACCCAGCAUGAUGCCUAUUUCUGGCCUCCUCAGCUUAGACACAGCGUUCGAUUUUGUUGGUUAUGUUUCUAUUGGGGAACAAAAAUCAACAUUGUUCCCGCUAUAUCUCAAGCAACAGAUCUGCUUGAUUGGCUAUAUUGCGACACCAAUUAUGCACAACGGGAUAGAAAUCGUGCACCAUUCUGUGUACGAACCUGGGUCCAUGCCCAUAUACACUCAGCAUGCCGAGCCAUCUAGGAAGUUGGAUUUGGCUCCCCAGGCCUACAUGACGACUGACCACAUUCUUUACGUCAAAUAUGAUUGGCCCACCCUGGACAUUCAGAAAACAACGGCCUUUCUCGCUGAGUUUCCCCAGGGACGCAGCCCCAUUGACAUUGCUGUCGCUCUAUCACAGCUCUUUCAGCCCUUUCAAACCUCCAUGAUUUCCCCGGAGUUCAAUGACUAUCAGCCGUUCCAGCCACCUCUCAUUGUCCCGGAGCCAGAGCCUCCUGUGUUUGACAUACUCCCAUUUGGACGAACCCUGAUUGUCCCUGAGGUACUCCCAGUGGUAGAUUCCCGUGAUCCUUCUGUGAACAUGACUGGUUGCACGACGAAUCUUGACGAUGUCACGCAACCUGAAGCGCAGCAAGCAGACGGUCCAGACACUCUAAGUGUCAUUCAAGAGCAGUAUGCCCAGUGGAAAACAGUCCUUGUUCACUUGAGGGUCGAGAUGACAUCCGAUGUUGCCCUUGGAAAACCCAUCAAUCUGUUCUUAUUCACACAAGCGAAUUACGCCAAGGAAAGGGCACAAUUUGUCGGAAAAUGGUUGUCUGCCCUUCUUUCUCUCAUGAAACGGGCAGCUAGCAUUGCAAUCGCAGAUGGCGGACUGAUGACUAAUUUUACCCUUCAAAACCCAUGCCCCUUCGCCCUACAGAGUGAAAUAUGUUCCAUGUGUGUACAAUUGAUGAACAUGUUCAUCUCUCCCAACUCGACCCAUUUCCCGAUUGCUACUAACGAUUUUGUGUGGUUCCUUGGCAUGGGCAUUGCGAAAUCACUCGUUUACUAUCUGGUAUACUGGCCUUCUAAAUCAGCCAAUGUGACAAGGAUUAUGGCUGAUAUCAACCGCCCUGUCUUCAGGGACGCCUCACACCUGCCCCCAGCGACGUUAGCAUUUGCAGGGACCUGCUGUUACAGUGCCCUAUUGUCAUAUCUGAUAGAUAUGGUUAAGACAGGGGGAGUCACCAUUGACUUGUCACAGUUCCCUUCUGUUAGCGAGGUUUAUGACGGACUUCUCGGGACGGCUACUGUUCUCUUCGCACAGGAAGAUGACCCAGACCUCCCGUCAUCAGUUGGGUUUGAAUCAAUGCAAGUCAAAUUGUGGCAGCUACGAUCCACAGGCAUGGUUCGUGUGAAUGAGCAAGCACGUCUACAACCCUCCGACCGCCAACGUACAGCCACUGCUGCCAGAACCGCUGUUGCACAGCCACGGCCUCUAAACUCCCUUCUUCCAGACUCCCUCUUGAUUACAGCAUCUGUGCUGUUUGGAUGGGUUGACCCCCUUGAUCUCAUCGCCAUCCUUCAUAUAAGCCUCAGGGUCUCUGCAGUGGAGAGACAGCUCCAGCAGGAAGAGUACACUAGCAUCACCUUCCUUGUGCAAGGAGGGUGUUGCUUGAUGGAGCAGAGGAUGUAUCGAGCUCAGAUGGAAGUUUCAUUAUUUAGUAAAGCUAUUGCGAAUGUGUAUGAAGAGCUAAACACCCAAUACCACCCACCUACAUGUCAAAAAAAAAUUCUCAGAGAGCACCCUGUCGUGCAUGUAGGAACGCCCCUCUCUGUUCAUGAUGACGUCUUGUCGGUCGAUUUUGAUCGCUCUCGACCAUCAAAAGCUACUCGAGAGAAAUGCGAGGCAUGGCUUUCCACGUCAUGGCAGUUUCAGACAGAUUUCCCGCAAACUCGAGAAGUUUACGAACACGUCUCAAAGUCUGAGGUGGACAUUUUUUCUGAAGCUAUUGCACACACUGCUGGGAUUCAAUGUACCAAUGAUGGCACGUGCACAUCCUCUGGAAGUGCUAUGACUUAUGAAUCACAUCUACCCAGCAACGCCUCUGACGAUGAUUGGUCUAACGAUUGGUUUGACAAUUGGUUUGACGACUCUGUAUCCUCCAAUGGCUCUGCGCUCAUGUGA